CGCAACGAAACAGCUCCAUUGGCCAUCUUGCGGUGGCGGGGCGGCAGAGCUUUGUACGCACACUGCACCCUGCCCCGGUGCCGGCCGAGUCGGCACCCACCACCUCACCCGACGGCCGCGCCACGUCCUCACCCGUGUCGCUUCCGGCGAUCACGCGGCUCACCCCCGGCCCACACUCCCCGCGCCACCGCGGCACGCAACCGUCUCAAACGACAAAACACCUCCACCACUUGCGCGCCGCGCGCACGUCAACCUCGCCGUCGCCGAGCCGCCCGCCCACUCUAUAUCACCACCUGGCCUCACAGCUCAGCUCAGCUCACACUACUUGUCACUCGCAUCGCUCCACUCCAGCUCGCGUCAUCACCCAUGGCGUCCGAGGCCGCUGCGUCCGCCGAGCCCGCGCCGCAGGUCGUGGACGAGUGCCGGGGCGUGCUGUUCGUGUACAGCGACGGCACGGUGGUGCGGCGCGCGCAGCCGGGGUUCGCGACGCCCGUCCGCGACGACGGGUCCGUGGAGUGGAAGGACGCGACGUUCGACGAGGCCGCCGGGCUGGGGCUCCGGCUCUACCGGCCCCGGGAGCGCGGCGGGCGGAGCCGGCUGCCGGUGUUCUUCUACUACCACGGCGGCGGGUUCUGCAUCGGGUCCCGCGCCUGGCCCAACUGCCAGAACUACUGCCUCCGCCUCGCCGCGGACCUCGGCGCGCUGGUGGUCGCCCCCGACUACCGCCUGGCCCCCGAGCAUCGCCUCCCCGCCGCCAUCGAUGACGGCGCCGCGGCGGUCCUGUGGCUGGCGGCGCAGGGGCGCACCCCCGGCGGCGGUGGGGACCCGUGGGUCGCCGAGUCCGCGGACCUCGGCCGCGUGUUCGUCUCCGGCGACUCCGCCGGCGGGACCAUCGCGCACCACCUCGCCGUGCGCUUCGGCUCCCCCGACGGGCGCGCCGAGCUCGCCCCCGCCGCCGUCGCCAUCCGCGGCUACGUCCAGCUCAUGCCCUUCUUCGGCGGCGUCCAGCGCACGCGGUCGGAGGCGGAGUGCCCCGACGACGCGUUCCUGAACAGACCCCUCAACGACCGGUACUGGCGCCUGUCGCUGCCGGAGGGCGCCACGGCGGACCACCCCGUCGCCAACCCGUUCGGGCCCGGCGCGCCGCCGCUGGAGGGCGUGGAGCUCGCGCCGACGCUGGUCGUGGUCGGGGGACGCGACAUCCUCCACGACCGCGCCGUGGACUACGCGGCGAGGCUGAGGGCGAUGGGGAAGCCCGUGGAGGUGCGGGACUUCGAGGGGCAGCAGCAUGGCUUCUUCACCAUCGACCCCUGGUCCGACGCCUCCGCCGAGCUCAUGCGCGUCAUCAAGCGGUUCGUCGACUCCGACGGCCGGUUCGACUGAACCGGAACCGGUUCAGGACUCCCCGGAGCAUCAUUGUGUCGUCUAUUUCCCGGGGUUUAAUUUAUAAUAAUUUUAUUUGUAUUUCGAUAAUAGGCGAGCUGAAUCCUUGAGAAUCAUGGUGAAAAUCCAGGCAACAACAACAUGUUGAUCGGAGUCGAGCUCUAGUGUUAAUCCACAUAAACCAAAAUGGGUGGCUAGCUUGCAUUUUGUGAGUCGAAAUCAAUAUGGUUUGGGUAAAAGUGCCAUGACUUUGUGACAAUGUUUUUAUUUCUACA